UUCGCGCAACCAGGCGAAGGAACGCGCCUUCUUUCUUGCUCUUGCACUCCAAGCAGCGUGACGCAUACACGUCUCACAACAGCCAUCAACUACACGCGAAGCCACAGAGUUAAAAGUUGCAUAUUGAGAGUUUCAGGGCCAUGUACGUGACGCGGAGACUACUGCGCUCCACGAUGCCGGAGUCCGAGAAGAAGGACGUGCCAUUUCUUCCACCACCGACCCCCAAAAGACGCGCUGCUGUCCGUGCCAGUGCCAAGAUCGGUGAGGUGGUUGCUGACUCCUCGGCUCCUACCACUCGCAGUCGAGCGCCUAAGACAUCACCCAAACAGGAGAACGAAGGCGACGAGAAGAACAAAAGUCGCAACCAUAAGAAAGCAAAGAAAGAAAAGGAGACGAAGAAGAAACAGGAUGAGCCGACUGUGGACGCUUCAACACUGCAUGGCUACCAACUCAUGGUGGACGUGCAUUACCGAGGAGAACAGUAUACCGAGGCCAGGAUCCUAGACUUGGAUCCCGAGAAGGAGCUGCUCUUUGUGCACUACAUGGGCUGGAACGCGAGGUUCGACGCCUGGGUGGAACUAGAAGACGUAGCAGCACACGGAAGCCAUUGUGAGGAGUCCACGAACAAGUAUGUUAGCUGGGAUGGCUGCACGUCUUUGUUCGCCACAGAAGAGGAAUUAGCUGGUAAGACGAAGCCGAAAAAGACACUGAAGAGGAAGAACACACCGUCACCGAAGGCGCAACAGCCACGGAAAGCUCUUCAAAGCUGCAGUAACCGGAAGAAAUACUGCGAGGAAGUAGAAGAGCAAGCUCCCGCUAAGCGUCUUCAGAAGAGUCCGAAGCAUCCGAAAAGUGCCAAAAAAUCGCCACGAUCAACUAAAAACGCGUCUUCUCCUGGUCGAAGGACACCACGACGCGUUCAAGUCGCAGUUGGUACGACAGACGAGGACAGUGAGCGUAAGAAUGAUAGCGAGACCGCCGACUUGGUGCUGGAUGUUGAGUUCGAAGGCCACGACGCAUUAAGCGAUGAAGAUGUUGAGGAAGAACAGGAAGAAGAGACGCCACGACGCAACAAUAAACCUGAUAAGAGUCCACAUGGCUCCAAGCCGAGCGCAAAUGCUGUUGCGAAGACAGCUCCGUUGCCUCCUCGUCGCGAAGGAUUAGGCAACGCAACCCGAGAAAAACUUGCCGCUAUCUUCCGUCUUCGUGUCCAACAGAGACAGCAGAUGGAACAACUGAACGCUAGUCAAGCUAGUUUCCAGCAGACAUUACAGGAUUCAGUCGAAACAUCGCCCACGUCCAGUAGUAUAGCUGAUACGGAAGACAGUGAAGUCGGGAAGACUACCGUGGCCAACGCAGAACUUGCAGCAGCAGAAGAGUAUCAACGACAGCUACAACAGUACUAUUACCACCAGCAAGUGAUGUUUGCUAACCGAAUGGCUAUGACGACAACUGGAAGCGACGAUCCGAGUGUGAUCCCACUGCAAGGUGGGAUAAUGGAUCCUCGGAUCAUUCAGGAGCGUCUGACUGCGUUGGAGGAGCGUCGACGACAACAAGCGCAUGUCCAGGCGUAUUAUCACCAGUUGAUGCUCACACGAGAGCGAAAUGUACGUGCGUUGGCAGCCAAUCAGGCGUUCAUGGCGACGAGUGCUGCCGUAUGGGAACAGCAGUUGAAGGAGACGCAGAGCGAAGACGGCAACUCGUCCGUCACGAGCUGGAAAGAUAGCUCUGGUGCGUCUGUUGGGACGUCGCCAGCCAAGAGCGACUCAGACAAGAGCGAGCCAACUGAUCCACCCAAGCAAGGCGUUCUGUAUGAGUUUGUACUGUAG